AUGUUCGGACACGCAGCGGUUGUCGAGUUGCUUCUUGCCCAGGACGGUGUCGACCCGGAUGCUGAAGAUGAUAACUCUGAGACGCCGCUGGUAUUGGCUGCGAUGUACGGCCACGACGCCGUGGUCAAACUGCUGCUCAAUACUGGCAGAGUCGUUCCCGAAUUCAAAGACGCGAAAUAUGGCCGAACGCCGUUAUCGUGGGUAGCGGAGAAAGGGAAUGCGGCCGCUGUAGAGAUGCUGCUUGGAAUAGAUGGCAUUGAUCCGGACUCGAAGUCCGCUGGAUCCUGGAACAAGAACCGGACGCCACUGUCUUACGCAACGGAAAGGGGGCAUCAGACUGUGGUUGAGCUCCUGAUGGCUACCGGCCGUGUUAACCUGGAUUUCAAAGAUAACGACGGCCGGACCCCUCUGUCAUAUGCGAUCGCAGAAGCCCAAACAGGAACAAUCCAUUUCCUGCUAAGAUACGGCGCCAGCCCCACAACCAUUGAUAUCCAGCAGAAGGGCCUAUUACACCACGCGAUCGUUAAUGUGAAUUGCGCACUUGACAUCGUGAAGAAACUUCUGAUGCUCGGUGCGCCAACGAAUUUAGUGGAUAUUGACAAUAUGACACCGUUACGUCACACGGUUAGAUUCAAUCGACAGGAUAUCGCUGAAUUGCUUAUCCAAAAUGGGGAAUAA